AUGGGCAGUAUAUCCGUCGAUGCAGUGUCUGCCGGAAACAAGCACAUUGUGUGUCAAUACGAAGAGAAGACUGCCUCCUUCGGAAACUUCCUCACCGGCCGGGAUCCGUUGAGCUAUUCUCUCCCGAUUUUCCUCCUCCAGAUUUCCUUGAUCUCCAUAACAUCUCAGGCGAUCGAGUUUUGCCUCCGGCCUCUAGGACAAUCCUCGAUUGUCGCACAUAUCCUCGGCGGAGUGCUGUUCGGGCCUUCGCUGUUGGGGACACAAGACCUGUUUUCGAAAAUCAUAUUUCCCGCCCGGAGCAUAAUGAAUCUCGAAAUAUGCGCGUCGCUCGGGAUUAUGUUUUUCCUGUUUGCUCUCGGGGUGCGGCAGGAUUGCACGAUGAUGAUCCGGCCGGGGAGGCAGGCGGCGGCGAUUGGGUUGUCGGCAAUGUUCGGGACGUUGGCAAGCACCAUGACACUCGUUGCCGUGUUGAUCAAAUAUGUCAGUAUGGACGAAACACUUAAAUUCGCGCUCCCUUUUAUAGCUCUGUCUCAGUCUCUCACCGCCUUCGCGAACACUGCUUGUCUCCUCACAGAGCUCAACAUGUCGAGCACCAAUUUAGGGCGCAUCGCCAUCGCAGCGACGAUGCUAUGCGAUUUUAUCGGUCUCACCUUAAUCGCCGUCACAUUCGGAAUAAUACAAUCCCAACACCAACCCGAAACCGCGAUGAAGAUGAUUUUAUCAGCAAUCUUGCUUGUACUUACCAUGGUGUUCGGGGUCGGUCCGAUCAUCCGCAAGAUCGCCAGGACAGUGCCUCCAAAUAGAACCCUGCCCGGAAGUUAUGUCCAUUUCUGCGUUAUCGGGACUCUCCUGGUGGGAUUAACAUCAGAGGUGAUCGGCCAGCAUUUUAUAGGGCCAUUAGUGUUCGGCUUGCUGGUGCCCGACGGACAGCCUUUAGGCGAUCCAAUCGUCGCCAAACUCGACUAUCCUGUCGGCAGGUUUCUGUACCCGACGUUUCUCACGACCAGCGGGCUCAAGACCAAUUUUUUCACGAUUCAUCCUAAGUCUUUAUGGAUUAUCGCUGUCAUCAUCUUCUGCUCCUGCACAUUCAAGGUGGCAUCAGUUGUAAUUAUAUCCCGAUUCCUCGGCAUAAAAGUUCACGACUCGGUUAUUAUUGGACUCGUGAUGAAUGCGAAAGGCAUCAGUGAGCUCGUAAUGUUCAAUAUACUGCGGAACAAUCGGGUUCUAAGAGACCAGGAGUUUGCGCUGAGCGUCGGUUCGGUUGUUGUAGUCACAGCUAUCAUAACUCCAUUGAUCAAAAUUCUAUACGAUCCUACGAAGAAUUCUGCUCCAUUGAAGAGGAGGACAAUUCAGCACAUGAAGAAGAAUUCCGAACUUCGAAUAUUAGUCUGCAUCAAGAACCAAGAAAAUGUACCGACAAUGAUAAACAUACUUGAGGCUUCCAAUGCAACCGAAAAGAGCCCCAUUCUUGUCAUAGCUGUGACACUGCACGACACAGAAGGCCAAACUACGCCGAUGCUAGUUGCACACCGACCGGCGCAAAUGCUGCAGCCGACGAACUCAAGGUCAGACAACAUAAUCAAAGCCCUGCACCAAUACGAGAAGUGCCACGAAAACUGCGUCACCCUGCAGGCAUUCAGUGCGAUCUCACAGACUAACACAGCAAACGAUGAUAUCUGCCGACUGGCACUAGACCAAAGUGCUACCAUAAUCAUCCUCCCAUUUCACAGGAGCUGGGAAAUAGAUGGAUCUGUGAGAUCCGAAAACAGGAGCAUUCAGAAUCUGAACCUUCAAGUCAUGAACAAGGCACCUUGUUCGGUUGGAAUCCUCAUAGACAAAGGAAUCCUCAUAUCGGGCACGCUCUCCAUUAUGAACAACAACCAAUCGAAUUACAGGAUUGGUGUUCUAUACAUAGGCGGAUCAGAUGAUGCAGAGUCAUUAAGCUAUGGCGCGCGUAUGGGAAGACACCUCAAUGUUAAUCUAACAGUCACCCGGUUCUUAUUCUUGGGGUGCGACACCAGCAGAGAAAGAAGACAAGACAACCUCAUGAUCGAGGAAGUACGCCAAGCUAACAUGGAAAACCAGAAUUUUAUCUACCAAGAGAAAGUCGUUAAAGACGGGGUUGGCCUAGCAGCAGCACUUAGAGACCUCGGAAAGCAAUUCAACUUGCUUAUAGUAGGGAAGAACCAUCAAGAAUCUGAGAUACUGACCAGCCUUGGCGCCUGGAGUGAGUGUCCCGAACUCGGUGUUGUAGGGGACCUUUUAGCAGCAUCGGAUUUCGACGGCACCGCCUCUGUCCUGGUGGUCCAACAGCAAAAGAUUCAGGGCCCUAAGCUUAAGAAAAGAAUGAGGAAACCUGUGGUGGUUAGUGAUGCAAUAGAUAAUGAUCCGCUGGUAAAUCCUAAUUGAUGAAGAAGAAGACAUGUUUGUUCGCAGAUAGAAAUGUUAAAAACAAAAUAUGCAAAAACAUGGUAGCAAUCUCAAAUUAUAUUUGCAGAUAUCACAUUAUG